AUGCUCCAAUUCCCAGCCCUCGAAAAAUGGCUCUGGGGCAUCAAGAAGCGGCACGUUGAUGAUAUCGUCGACGUAAUCCACUAUUACUGGACGACCCGUCUGCUCAUCCUUCUCGCCCUGCUCAUCAGCGCCAAGCAAUGGGUUGGCAAGCCGAUUCAAUGCUGGGUCCCCAAGGAGUUCUCCGGCGCCUGGGAACAAUACAUUGAAGACUACUGCUUCGUACACGCCACCUAUUUCGCGCCGAUCUCCAUUGGAGGUAAACUUGAUCCGCAGCUGAAAGAGGAGGCGGCUGUCACCUACUAUCAAUGGGUGCCCAUUGACCUGAUCGUGCGAGCCCUCCUCUUCUACAUCCCCUUCCGUCUUUACCGCAACAUGCUCUGGAACGCCGGUGGCAGAGUCGUCGAGACGAUCGUCGGCGUGGCGAUCAGCGCAACACAAGCCGAUAACAACACCAAGGAGUACAACGAAAAGCAGGAUCGCAAGACAUACGAGGCAAAGAUCCAAAGGACGGCCGACAUGCUAUACACCUGGGUGGCCCACCAGCCCGAGCGUCAGAUCACCUGGUCCACCACUUGCUACAUGAUUCUGAAGACCCUUAACCUCAUCAACGUCUUGCUGCAGUUGUGGUCGUUCGCCUGGAUGUUUGGCUAUGAUCAGUCGUGGGCUCUGCAGGCGAUGUCGAGCAUCAUGGAACACAACGAGAGAAGCUGGGCCAGCACCGGAAUGUUCCCACGUGUCGUCUUCUGCGAUACGAGCAUCAAAAACCUCGGCAAUGUGCAAAGCAUGACGACGCAGUGCGUGUUGAUGAUCAACUUGUACAACGAGCGCAUCUUCCUCUCUCUUUGGUUGCUCUUCGGCGUCAUGAGCGUGGUCAGCGUCAUCAACUACGCGAUGACUGCCUACCAGCUCUUCUGGCCCUCGUGCUACGUCCACAACUCCAGGCGCCUCAUCGACCGGGCUUGCUUCAACGAUGAUUCCACGGGUGAUCGCCACACGUACUACGGCAUCGAGAAGGAGUGGCUCAGCAAGUUGGGCAAGGAUUACACGUUCACGAUGCGCUUGAUCGAAAACCACACCGGAGAGCACGUCGCUGCCGAUAUCCACCGCGCCGUCCUGUUCAAGCUGCACAACGAGAAGCGCGGCAAAUUCCGUGAGAACCUGGCGGCCGCCUGCACCGUGGGCCCGAUCCCCGACAAGAAGCCGAUCGAGGUCGACAACUACCCCGUC